CACGUGACUCUAAUCCAUGCAGAAGCCGCCAGCCGCCAGCCGCCCCGAAUCCACUCCCUAAGUGUCGCCAGCUCCGACUUCCCUGUCAACAAAAACCCACCUAAAGCGUUUUGGGUGAGCUGGAAGUUCCACGAAGCGAAGUACGAAUACGGACGGACAGUGGUACCUUGGACCUUCCUCUCUUCGUACCUCGCCUUUCCAACACUUCAGACUUCCACUCCAGAAUUGGAUCUGGGCAGCUUCACCACCACACCAAAAUCCCACAACCCCAAUCUCGCCCUGCCCUUACCCGUUGAUGAGAGUUCAUACCCCCUGAACACCCAUCAAGAUGCGUCAAAGCUACAGCUUGGUGCUUGUUGGCACCUUCCUGUGUGCUGCUGCACCUGUCUCGGCCACUAGCUUGCCGAGAGGUGUUGGCCCUGAAUUUGCCAAGUUCUUCGAGGCCAAGGAGACCUUCUCUUGCAUCGGCCACCCUGAGGUGAAGCUUAGCAUCAAGCAAGUCAACGACAACUCCUGCGACUGCCCCGAUGGCUCUGAUGAGCCCGGCACUGCGGCCUGUGCCUAUCUCGACCCCCUCUCCCCCCCGCAGCCCUUUGCCGGUUCCCUGACUGGCACCACCAACACCACCAAUGCCCUGCCUGGCUUCUGGUGCGCCAACGGCGGCCACAUCGGCACCUACGUCCCCUUCACAUUCGUCAACGACGGCCACUGCGACUACGACGUCUGCUGCGACGGCACCGAGGAGUACAGCGGUGUUGGAGGCGUCAAGUGCGAGAACAAGUGCGCCGAGAUCGGCAAGGAGUACCGCCGCAUUGAGGCCGCUCGUACCGACGCCAUCGACAAGGCGGCUAAGAGACGCAAGACGAUGGCCAAGGAGUCUCGCGAGCUUCGCCGCCGCGUCGAGACCAAGGUCAACACUCUCAAGGACGAGGUCAAGGGUCUCGAGACCCGCAAAGAUGAGCUUGAACAGAAGCUUCACGAGAUCGAGCGUUCAGAGAAGGGCAAGGUCGUCAAGGGCGAGGGCUCUGGUGGAAAGCUCGGCACCUUGCUGAGCCUGGCUAAGACUCGCGUGACCGAGCUUCGCGAGACCCUCGAGGACGUCGUUGCUCACCGAGACGAGCUCCAGAACAAGGUUAAGGAGCUCGAGGGCAUUCUCAGCCGCUUCAAGGAGGAGUACAACCCCAACUUCAACGACGAGGGUGUCAAGCGCGCCGUCAAGGGCUGGGAGGACUACGCCGCCAACCUCGCCAACGAGGCACUUCCCGAUGGCCUCGAGGCUGAUAUCAAGGAGGUCCUUGUCGAGGACUCCGAGACCUCGGGCAUCAACUGGAAGGAGUUUGAGGAGGACGAGGUCUCCGACACCGACAUCCUCUACAACUUCGAGGCCUACCUCCCUGACGCAGUCCGCGAGUUCGUCCAUGGAAAGCUCCUCUCCCUACGGGUGUGGAUGAUCGAGAACGGCCUUAUCGCUGAUAACAAUCAGGCCGGCGCCGAGUCUCGCCUCGUCAAGGCUGCCCGCGAGGCCUUCAACUCGGCCAACAGCGAUCUGCUGGACAAGAAGCGCCAGCUGGAGACCGAGGAGAAGGACCUUGAGAAGGACUACGGUAUCGACGAUAUCUUCCGUGUGCUGAAGAACAAGUGCGUCAGCACCGAGCUCGGCGAGUACGAGUACGAGCUUUGCUGGAUGGAUAAGACCAACCAGAAGUCUAAGAAGGGUGGCGGCAACACCAACAUGGGCAACUUCGUCCGUAUCGACAAGGAGAUGGCAGACGACGAGGAGCGCAUCGACGGCAAGAGCCUUGGCCAGGGCCUCCGUAUGGUUCUUCGCUACGAGAACGGCCAGGGUUGCUGGAAUGGCCCGCAGAGACGCACCGACGUCUGGCUCGCCUGCAGCGAGACGGAGGAGCUUUGGAAGGUCUCGGAGUCGGAGAAGUGCGUCUACAAGAUGGAGGUCGGCACACCCGCCGCCUGCGACGAGCUGCUUGAGCCUCCCAAGCCCAAGGGCAAGGAUGAGUUGUAGAGAAACAUGGAACAAAGAUAUGCAUGGGGCGUGCACAAAGAAUUGGCAUCUGGGGUCUGCUUAGAUUGGCGUAAGGGUCGUCUGACUUGGGCCAGGUAGAACCAAGUAGAAAGGCUUGCAUUAAGAAUCGCAAGAACGUCGUAUUUCGCUCUUUCCAUUUUGCUGCUCACAAAAUGCCCGAGGUGCCCGCCAUUUGGGAAUCCCGUUGGUAUGAGGAUCUAGGGUAUCAUUUGAUAUAGUUAAUAUUUUACAGUUGGCUGCCAGGGCCGAGGCUGGAAUCGGCGUUGACAUUACUGGUCAACCCCUCGACGACGCCAUCUUCCUCCGCUUGCUUAGCUCCUCCUGCUCAGCCAUUACCUUGGCUGUUAAUGACGCGGCCAUGGCAUUGUUGAUGCCGCUGAUCCUCCCGGAUGCUUCCUUGGCAGACUUUGGGGCAACGGCAUCUUCUGUCGCUCUCUUCUUGCCUGUCUUAUCGCCCUCUUGAACCCCCUCAUCGGCCUUGCGCUUCUUCUUCUUGUCCUUCUUGUCCUUCUUGAGGCUGUGUGCAAGUCCCGCGGCCUUCAAAUCAUCCAUCCUCUGCACCAGCUUCUUGAGAUCGCUUUCCUCGGUCGGCAGGAUAGGCACCGCAUUCUCGCUUUUAAACUCUUCGCUACACUCGGGACACCUCAGCUCCUGGAUUUCCUUGAUGGCAAUUUCGGCGAACACAUGGCCGCAAGGCACAAUGUAGACCGCUUUGACGGAAGGACCCAACUCCUUCAAGGAAAUGGGGCAGGCCCAGAUGUCCUUCUUGGUGCCGGGCGGGGUGUAUCGGUGGAACUUGAGCCUAACGAUGUCGCGAAGCGACUUGAUGCCGGUGGCCGCAAGUGUGAGCUCUUGGGAAUCGGGGUUGGACGGCGGCGACGACUCGGUGUUGUCGUCGGAGGGCAUCAGGCCUUGAAGGAUGGACUCGUAGUUGUAGAGGCGCCCGCGCCAGUCGGAGACGACAUUGUCCCUGUCGAGGGGCUGACUCGUAAUGGGAUCGUUGUUCCAGGCGUGGCCGAGGGACUCUAGGGCGUUUGCUUUCAGUUCGCUGACGCUGAGAGCGCGGGCGGCUUCUUUGACGAGCUCGCGGCGUUUGGGAAUGGAUCCUCCGUCGUUACCCAUGGCUCGCGAUAAAGGAGAAGGUAGAGUUCGGAAUCGGAAUGGUGUCUAUAGGAAUGGCGUCUAAAUCCUAAGAAAAGUGGACUGGCUGAGUGUCGUGAAUGGAUCUGUGAUGGUUAACGUUUUUGGUCUGGAUUAAUCGGAAGUGUUGAGAUGCGAUGCGACGCAAG